GAGAUGAGGUGUUGCGUCUUCAUCUUGGACCACGGCCGAUGGACAGAGCCCAUUAGAGCUGCCAGUGAUGUCCUACUGGCCAAGAACCAAGAGGUGAAAGAGAUCCUAAAGUGGGUGGAUCUGCUUUGUUCUUAACACCAUCACAGAGUAGCUCCUAGAGACAUACAGCUGUAGCAUUAUGUUACUGCAGAGAGUGAAACAGUCAGUGUCCCAAUCACGUCCCCUGCCACCUGCACUUACACAGCAGAAAGCCUCACCAAUUCAAGGAUGCCAUUUGAGGAUUUUGCUGCCACUGCCUUCUUUCAAUGGGAGCUGGAGGCCUCGAAACAGAGGGGGGCAGUGAGGAAGGAGCGAACUGAGGAAAGAGAAAAUCCUCAGAGCAGCAUCCUUCCGGCCGUCUGUACAGGUUCUGCCACCAGCCGCUGAAACUAGGCCCCAACAGCCCUCACACACACACCGGCUUUCCUUGAGUGGCUGGAAAAUAUCUACUGCCUAGCCAAAGUGUUUUCCAUGUACCUGGCACAUGGAAUUGGAGGGAGCUCCAACAGUCUGCCUUUUAUGAGACUGAAAAGUAGAGAUGGAUGGUGGAGUAGGGGGAGUGACUUUACAGACACACAAACACACAGAAAUAAAUAGGAGCUAUUUCCGUAGAUGGAAGUAGUUUGGACUCUUGUUUGAUUUGUAUUUAUUUCCCAGGUACUGUCCAUUAUUUUACCUUAGUGUACAUACAUGGCUGUAUAUCACUGUAUAUACAGUGGGGGAAAAAAAUAUUUAGUCAGCCACCAAUUGUGCAAGUUCUCCCACUUAAAAAGAUGAGAGAGGCCUGUAAUUUUCAUCAUAGGUACACGUCAACUAUGACAGACAAAUUGAGAGAAAAAAAUUCCAGAAAAUCGCAUUGUAGGAAUCUUUAUGAAUUUAUUUGCAAAUUAUGGUGGAAAAUAAGUAUUUGGUCACCUACAAACAGGCAAGAUUUGUGGCUCUCACAGACCUGUAACUUCUUCUUUAAUAGGCUCCUCUGUCCUCCACUCUUUACCUGUAUUAAUGGCACCUGUUUGAACUUGUUAUCAGUAUAAAUGACACCUGUCCACAACCUCAAACAGUCACACUCCAAACUCCACUAUGGCCAAGACCAAAGAGCUGUCAAAGGACACCAGAAACACAAUUGUAGACCUGCACCAGGCUGGGAAGACUGAAUCUGCAAUAGGUAAGCAGCUUGGUUUGAAGAAAUCAACUGUGGGAGCAAUUAUUAGGAAAUGGAAGACAUACAAGACCACUGAUAUUCUCCCUCGAUCUGGGGCUCCACGCAAGAUCUCACCCCGUGGGGUCAAAAUGAUCACAAGAACGGUGAGCAAAAAUCCCAGAACUAGUGAAUGACCUGCAGAGAGCUGGGACCAAAGUAACAAAGCCUACCAUCAGUAACACACUACGCCGCCAGGGACUCAAAUCCUGCAGUGCCAGACGUGUCCCCCUGCUUAAGCCAGUACAUGUCCAGGCCCGUCUGAAGUUUGCUAGAGUGCAUUUGGAUGAUCCAGAAGAGGAUUGGGAGAAUGUCAUAUGGUCAGAUGAAACCAAAAUAGAACUUUUUGGUAAAAACUCAACUCGUCGUGUUUGGAGGACAAAGAAUGCUGAGUUGCAUCCAAAGAACACCAUACCUACUGUGAAGCAUGGGGGUGGAAACAUCAUGCUUUGGGGCUGUUUUUCUGCAAAGGGACCAGGACGACUGAUCCGUGUAAAGGAAAGAAUGAAUAGGGCCAUGUAUCGUUAGAUUUUGAGUGAAAACCUCCUUCCAUCAGCAAGGGCAUGGAAGAUGAAACGUGGCUGGGUCUUUCAGCAUGACAAUGAUCCCAAACACACCGCCCGGGCAACGAAGGAGUGGCUUCGUAAGAAGCAUUUCAAGGUCCUGGAGUGGCCUAGCCAGUCUCCAGAUCUCAACCCCAUAGAAAAUCUUUGGAGGGAGUUGAAAGUCUGUGUUGCCCAGCGACAGCCCCAAAACAUCACUGCUCUAGAGGAGAUCUGCAUGGAGGAAUGGGCCAAAAUACCAGCAACAGUGUGUGAAAACCUUGUGAAGACUUACAGAAAACGUUUGACCUGUGUCAUUGCCAACAAAGGGUAUAUAACAAAGUAUUGAGAAACUUUUGUUAUUGACCAAAUACUUAUUUUCCACCAUAAUUUGCAAAUAAAUUUGUUAAAAAUCCUACAAUGUGAUCUUCUGGAUUUUUUUUCCUCAUUUUGUCUGUCAUGGUUGACGUGUACCUAUGAUGAAAAUUACAGGCCUCUCUCAUCUUUUUAAGUGGGAGAACUUGCACAAUUGGUCGCUGACUAAAUACUUUUUUUCCCCACUGUAUUAUUGUUCAUUGCUAUUUUGUGUUACUGUUGCACAAAGACCAACAUUUUAUUAUAAUCGCGGUGAAUAUGUCUUGUAUUAUAAACCAAUUGCUAUUGUUAGUGUGUGAAUACGUUUGUUGUACAAAGGAUUGUGCUCUGACACUGUCAUAAAUAUGGCUUUGAUUUCAUUAAAGUAAACCUCAAUGUAAAGCAAUCUUCUGUUUGUUUUUUAUAUUGUAAUUAUAUGAAUUAAAAUGGCAAAUGCAAUGUCCUCCAAAUGAAAGACGUCCUCCAGCAAUUUCUGAACUUUUACUUUCGAAAGCUAUAUCCCAACUAUAAAUACCGUAAAUUACACACACUAAAGAGUAAAAAAAAUACAUUCUUAACAAAAUAGUGUUUUUUAGACAACUUGUUAGGCAUUUAAGGAGUUGCUCUGAUGAGAAUAUGUGAUGUCAUCAGCCUCCCUCUUACUUGAGGAACAAUAGAGGAGCUUAUGUUCAGGGCAGGAUACUGGGCAGAGGCCGGCUAGUGGUGACUAUUCAACAGUCGGUUGGCCUUGAGAUAGAAGCUGUUUUUCAGUCUCGGUCCCAGCUUUGAUGCACCUGUACUGACCUCGCCUUCUGGAUGGUAGCGGGAUGAACUAGCCGUGGCUAGGGUGCUGAGGUCUUUGAUGAUCUUCUUGGACUUCCUGUGACACCCGGUGUUGUAGAUGUCCUGGAGGGCAGGCAGUGUGCCCCCUGUGAUGCAUUGGGCAGACUGCACCACCCUCUGGAGAGCCCUACGGUUGCGGACGGUGCCAUUCCAGGCGGUGAUACAGCCCAACAGGCGGUGAUACAGCCCAACAUCUGUAAACGUUUUUGAGGGUCUUAGAAGCCAAAUUUCUUUUGCCUCCUGAGGUUGAAGAGGCGCUGUUGCGCCGUCUUCACCACACUACCUGUGUGGGUGAACCAUUUCAGAUUGUCGGUGAUGUGUACGCCGAGGAACUUUAAGCUUUUCACCUUCUUCACUGCGACCCCAUCGAUGUGGAUGGGUGCGUGCUCCCUCUGCUGUCUCCUGAAGUCCACAAUCAGCUCCUUCGUUUUGUUGACGUUGAGGAAGAGGUUAUUUUCAUGGCAUCACUCCACCAGGGCCCUCACCUCCUCCAUGUAGGCUGUCUCGUCUUUGUUGGUAAUCAGGUCUACCACUGUUGUGUAGUCUGCAAAAUUGAUGAUUAAGUUGGAGAAGCGCGUGGCCACGCAGUCAUGGGUGAACAGGGAGUACAGGAGGGGGCUGAGCAUGGACCCUUGUGAGGCCCCUGUGUUCAGGGUAUUGGAGGUGUUGUUGCCUACCUUCACCACCUGGGGGCGGCCCGUCAGGAAUUACAGGACCCAGUUGUACAGGGCGGGGUUCAGACCCAGGGCCCGAUCUCAAUGAUGAGCUUGGAGGGUACUAUGUUGUUGAAGGCUGUGCUGUAGUCAAUGAACAGCAUUCUUAAAUAGGUAUUCCUCUUGUCCAGAUGGGAUAGGGCAAUGUGCAUUGCGAUGGAGAUUGCAUCAUCCGUGAAUCUAUUGGGGCGGUAUGCAAAUUGCAGUGGGUCUAGGCUGUUGGGUAAGGUGGAGGUAUGAUCCUUAAGUAGCCUCUCAAAGCACUUCAUGCUGACAGAAGUGAGUGCUAUGGGGCGAUAGUCAUUUAGUUCAGUUACCUUCCCUCUCUUGGGUACAGGAUAAAUGUUGGGCAUCUUGAAGCAAGUGGGGACAGCAGACUGGGAUAGGGAGAGAUUGAAUAUGUCCGUAAACACUCCAGCCAGCUGGUCUGCGCAUGCUCUGAGUACGUGGCUAGGGAUGCCGUCUGGGCUGGCAGGCUUGUCAGGGUUAACACGCUUACAUUUCUUAUUCACGUCGGCCACGGCGAACGAGAGCUCACAGUCUUUGGGAGCGGUGGUUGCCCACAUCGACGGCACAGUGUUUUCCUCAAAGAAAUCGAAGAAGGUCUUUAGCUUGUCCGGGAGCAAGACGUCGGUGUCCGCGACGUGGCUGGUUUUCCCUUUAUAAUCUGUGAUUGUCUGGAGUCCCUGCCACAUACGUCUUGUGUCUGAGUCUUUGAAUUGCGACUCCACACUGUAGUGACGUUUUACAUGUUUGAAUGUAUUACGGAGGGCAUAUCUGGACUCUUGUACCAUAUUCCCAGUCACUUUGCCAUGGUGAAAUGCGGUGGUUCUUGCUUUUAGUUUUGCGCAAAUACCGCCAUCUAUCCACAGUUUUUGGUAAAGAUAGGUUUUAAUCGUCAUAGUGGGAACCAAAUCCCCUAUACACUUCCUGAUGAACUCAGUCACCAUGUCAGUGUAUACGUCAAUGUUAUUCUCAGAGGCAACUCGGAACAUAUCCCAGUCUGCGUAAUCAAAACAAUCUUGAAGCAUAAAUUUCAAUUGGUCAGACCAGCGUUGAACAGUCCUUACCACGGGUACUUCCUGUUUGAGUUUCUGCCUAUAGGAAGGGAGGAGCAAAAUGGAGGUGUGAUCUGAUUUGUCGAAGGAAGUUUGGGGGAGAUCUUUGUAUCAGUUCCGGAAGACAGAGUAGCAAUGGUCGAGAGUUUUGAUGUGCGAGUAGUGCAGGCAAUGUGGUGGUCCUCUGUAGCUCAGCUGGUAGAGCACGGCGCUUGUAAUGCCAAGGUAGUGGGUUCGAUCCCCGGGACCACCCAUACACAAAAACUGUAUGCACGCAUGACUGUGAGUCGCUUUGGAUAAAAGUGUCUGCUAAAUAGCAUAUUAUUAUUAUUAUGUGUUGAUAAAACUUCAGUAAAAUGUUCCCUAGAUUUUCUUUAUUAAAGUCGCCAGCUACAAUAAAUGCGGCCUAAGGAUAUGCGGUUUCCAGUUUGCACAAAGUCCAGUGUAGUUCCUUGAGAGCCGUCGUGCUAUCGGCUUGAGGGGGAAUAUACACGGCUGUCACGAUGACCGAAGAGAAUUCGUUUGGGAGUUAAUGCGGUCGGCAUUUGUUUGUAGGGUAUUCUAUGUCGGGUGAACAAAAGGACUUGAGCUCCUGUACGUUACCACAAUCAUAUCAUGAGUAGUUAGUUAUGAAACAUACACUUACGCCUAUCCUUUUCCCGGAGUGUUGUUUUUUCCUGUCUGAGUGAUGUACUGAGAACCCAGCUGGCUGUAAGGACGGGGACAGUAUAUCUGGAAAGAGCCAUGAUUCUGUGAAACAGACAAUGUUACAGUCCCUCAGCUCGUCUACUUUAUUGUCCAGUGACUGAACAUUAGCGAGUAAUAAACUCAGAACCAGUGGAUGGUAUGCAUGCCUCCUGAGUCGGACUAAAAGUCCACUCCAAAUACCUCUUCUCCGCCGGUGGCAUCUUGGAGCAGCCUCUGGGAUAAGUGAAAUUGCAUUGGGUGGGGGGGGUUAAAAUAAUGGAUCCAAUUCAGGAAAGUCGUAUUUCUGGUCGAAAUGCUGGUGAGUUACCGCUGCUGUAAUAUCCAAAAGUUAUUUUUAUAUAUAUGUAAUAAUGCAAAAAAGCUCUGAGCUCUGGUUCUAAUCCCCGAGCCGAUUAGGUGAAAAAUCUGUCGAUGUGCCCUUGAGCAAGGCACUUAACCCUAAUUGCUCCUGUAAGUCGCUUGUAACGCCAGGGUAGUGGGUUUGAUCCCCGGGACCACCCAUACGUAAAAAUGUAUGCACACAUGACUGUAAGAUGCUUUGGAUAAAAGCGUCUGCUAAAUGGCAUAUUAUAUUAUUAUUAUUAUGAUGAUGGAGUACAUGAUCUCUAAAUGAGGCUUUCUAACCGUAUUCAAAGUUGACCUCCUUACUGAUCAGUGUUCCAUGUCACUGUCUCUUCCCCCUCAGCACCUGCAGUAGGUCCCAACUGUAGCAGUACAGUCACUGUGCAGUCUGACUGAGGGAGGUUUUUGUACGGCUCUAAAUCACUGUGUGAACACAUCUUUACUAUUGAUGAUGUGUACACUCUGACAGUAGUAAUCUCCUGCAUCUUCAGCCUGGACUCCACUGAUGGUCAGAGUGAAGUCACUCCCAGAUCCACUGCCACUGAAUCUAGAUGGAGUCCCAGAGAAGAGGGUGCUUCCAUAGUAAACUAAUGCUUUAUGAGUUUCUCCAGGUUUCUGUUGAUACCAGGCUAAACAUGGUUUACCUGACCUAAAACAGUUAGGAUGCACAUCACUGCUGGUUUUACAGUUCAGAGAGACUGUCUGUCCUGGUAGAACAGCUUUCACUGUAGGAGUCUGAGUCACAGUGAUCUGUCCUCUGGAUUCUGAAAAAUAGAAUACAAACAUUUAUAUGAAUGCAAUAUUACAUAUAAUAAUCAAUAGUUCUGAAUAAAAAAAUCAGAUUAAUAUACAUUUAACUUUUGUGUAGAUGUAAUAGUUUUACAUUUUAACAUUAAUAGAAAUUGUUCCUUUGCGUAAAUAUAUAUAUUUUUCAACAAUACAUUCUGAAGAGUGUAACCUUGAAAGCAGAAAGCAAGUGUCCAGAUGAAGAUGGUGAUAAAAGUCAUGGUUGUUGUGGGUUCUGUUGUCAUGAAGGACAGCUCUCAGUCAUGAAGUGUUCAACUCACAGGGAUAUCAACACUCCCAGACCACUGAAGCAUGUGCUGUCUAUGCAAAAUGUCCUUACUAUGCAAACAUACUUUUUUGAUGCCACAGGGAUACUGUAGUUGAAGAGAUCUGUGUGAACAACAGCAUUUUAAAGAGUGAGGCUGAUUGUCCAGCCAACCAUGGCCUUGAUUGGUAAAUGAGUCUCAUCUGGGCUCAAUCAAAGGCUGGGAAGGUUCUGGAAGGUUGGGCAUGGCAGGAGAGAGGUUAUGCCUUGACAGAACCUUAAGGUCGUUUAUGUGGGUUAUAAUCAUGUUAUAUUAUCGCAAAGCAAAGUGUCUAUAUGUAAUUAUAAACAGGGUGGUUCGUGACAUGAAUGCUGAUUGGCUGACAGCCGUGGUAUAUGAGACCAUAUACCACGAGUAUGAAAAAAACAUGUAUUUUUACUGCACUAAUUAGGUUGGUAACCAGUUUAUAAUAGAAAUAAGGCACCUCUGGGUUUUGUGAUAUAUGGCCAAUAUAACAGGCUAAGGGCUGUGUCCAGACACUCCGCGUUGCGUCAUGCUUAAGAACAGCCCUUAGCCGUGGUAUAUUGGUCAUAUACCACACCUCCUCGGGAUUUAUUACAUAAAUAGUCUUCCUGGACAAUCAGACUUAUUCAUGAAUGUUGUGUGAUGUGCUGUAGAUACAUGAUAUCCAUGUAAUCACUGACAUGGUUUCUGAUAUAAGUGCUGAAUGGGGACUGAUAUAUUGAUUAUAGACAUCUACAAAUGGAGCAUAUUGUUAUUACUGUGUUAUUAGACCAGAAAGUAUCUGCUUUCUGUCUCCCUCCAGUCGUCAGGGUCAGUAACUGCAGUCUGUGUGUGGACUGUGAUAAUGCUGACUGACUCUGAUCUAAAGGGGAGAUCUCCAGAGCUCUGAUGUCUCCAGUCUCCUACUUCACCUGCUGCUCUCUGGAACUACCACAGUGGUGUGAGGGAGGAUGUAUGGGUAAUGUUUAGGGGCUUUAUUGUGUGUGUUUGAAUCAUGUUGAUUAAAUUCUAGCUAUUCAAAACACAGGCCAUCUUUAGGGGUUUUGAUCAUUGCACUUCAUCUCUAUUCUGAUUGGUUGAUGGUUUUCCUUGAGUUACUCAACAGAAUCAACAUGUAGUUAAUGGUCAGGAGAAACAUUUAGUGAUCAGUUAUGAUCAAAGGUCUUCUAGACAUAGCUCUAGUUUGACUCUAUUGUUGAUCAGCUCUACUACACACUGUGUCAUUGUACUGGAUCAUCUCCUCCCCUCAGCACCUGCAGUAGGUCCCAGCUGUAGCAGUACAGUCACUGUGCAUUCUGACUGAGGGAGGUUUUUGUACGGCUCUGUAUCACUGUGUGAACACUGGACCACUGUGGUAACUCUGACAGUAGUAAUCUCCUGCAUCUUCAGCCUGGACUCCACUGAUGGUCAGAGUGAAGUCACUAUGAGAUCCACUGCCACUGAAUCUAGAUGGAGUGCCAGAUUUAAGUGUUGUAGCUUCGUAAAUGAUGAGUUUAGGAGCUCCUCCAGGUUUCUGGUGGUACCAGGACAUACAGGUGUAAUCCCCAGUACAAUAAUCUGCUACAUCUGCAUUGGUUUUACAAUUUAUAAUAACUGGCUGUUCUGGUAGAACAGCUUCCACUGCAGGAGUCUGAGUCACAGUGAUCUGUCCUCUGGAUUCUGAAACAGAGAGAACACUAAUAAUUGUACAUCAGCCGGAAUUAAUAAAACAAUCUUAACAAUCUGUCAGGUCACUCAAAUUGUUUACUUUUCUUUAAACAAAAACAUAACUCCCAUUGUUUUUUACCCUUGAUGUAGAACGCAAGUGUCCAGAUAAAGAUGUUGAUAAAAGUCAUGGUUGUUGUGGGUUCUGUUUUCAUGAAGAACAGCUCUCAGUCAUGAAGUGUUAAGCUCACAGGGCUAUAAACACUUAGAGCAGUAGGGCAGAUGCAUUAUGCAAAUGAAUGUCAGUUUCUAAGUAGGUUCCUAUCAUUAGAAUCAACUUUAUCCUUCAUGUCCUAGCUUUUAUAACAGCAAACAGCAACUGUUUACUCAGAUCACUAAUGCAUGGUAACUUUUAUGUCACACCACCAUUGUAUUUUUAUUCUGAUGAUGAUCAGAUAUAAUGAACUGUCUGUUAACUCAUGCUUGGUCUCUCAUGUAAGUUCCUCUAAUCAGUUAGUGAACACUUCUCUAAACUAAAGCUGGUAGGAUUCCUCUGGUAGUGUUGUCUGUCCUCUGUGACUUUAACACCACUGUUAAAUCGGAGAUCAACAUCUUUAAUAAAGGAAUAUACAACAUGGAUCACUAUCACUACUGCUGCUGCUGUUGUCUUUCAUAUGGACAAUAUGGAGGAAUACUAGCAACACUGGAUCUAAUGCUGGACUGUACCUACAGACUAGGAUAACACCUGAUACACAGAAGAAGGAAAAAAUACUCAUAUCUGGAUUUAAGUUACAAUUCAUAUUUGUAUUAUCUAGAAACAGAUUAUAUGAAGUGUUUGUUCUACCUGGAAGAUGUUAAAGUGUAUUAGUGUUGAAUGUGAUUCUGUAUGAGUGAUCUUCACUGUAACAGCCGUAGCAUCACAACACAGAGAGGUUUUUGUACCAGCAGUAAUAGGGAUUGUAUCACUGUGGUGGACUUUUGGUAGCGGCACCAGACUUGAUGUUGGAAGUAAGUAAACACAAAAUUAACCAUUUUAUUUACCUUGUGAUGUAGUGUUUCAAUUUCUCUGUCAAUUUAGCCUCGAUAUUGAGGAUUUCUUAACAUACCUUUUUUUUUACAUGAUUUUGGGUUGGAAAUAUACAAUGGCCAGUUAGAAUAUGAAUGUUAUUACAUCGAAUCAAAUUUGACCUGCCUUUAAACGAUGAGAGUGAUUAGUCUACAUUUUAGAUGAGUUGUAUGAAAAAACAUACUGCACCUUUUAAGAAAUGUACAAUAAAAUUUUUGGGAAAACAAAACAGAAAAUACUUUAUUUCAAAUGAACAAGAUAAAAUAAUCUUUGACAAGUAUUCAUACCAUAGUAGAUUCAAUGAUUUAAAACAAAGUCUAAAGAAAUUCAGCUUGCCAAAUGGUCAGGAGGUUUUUGUACCAGCAGUAAUAGGGAUUGUAUCACUGUGGGCCACUUUUGGUAGCGGCACCAGACUUGAUGUUGGAAGUAAGUAACAAGCUCUCUUUAUAUUUCUUUCUGAUAAAAUGUGGUAUUUACUUUCCUAAACUCUCUCUCUAUUAAAAUAUUUUGAUUUUAGAUAUUUUAGAUGUUUUUCAAAUUACAUUUGAAUAGUAUUGGAUAUAGUAAGCAUCAUUGUUGCAUUGUGUUCAUGGUAGCCUUCACUGUUACUGUGAAGACAAAAGGUCUCAGUUUGAAACCGACUUCAUGAUCUAACAUGUUUGAUACCUAUUUAAAAUUAAUUUAUGCUCAAAUUCUGCAAAUACUAUGAAUAUGAGUAGGCUAUUCUGAUCAGAUCCAUUCCUAAACAAUAUCUGUAUGACAUGUAUAACUGACACCGUAUGACUAGUAACUCUAGUUAUUUAACCACUUUAUACUUGUUAGGUUCAUAAAUCUGCUUUGUAUCGUAUUACUUUACUGUUUUCUCCACAUCUUUUAAACAAUGUAACUUUUAUUAUCAUAUUUAGAAGGCAUUUCCAAUUCACUUUAUUUUGAUGUGUCCUUUGCUGAAAAUAAUGUCUUACUGUAGCUGUACUUGAUGUAGUUACUUAGUUGAUGAGUUCUGUUUGUUCCAGGUAACAGAGCCCCCACCCUCACUGUCCUGGCCCCCUCUAGUGAGGAGCUGUCCAGUACAACAACAGCCACACUGACGUGUCUGGCCAACAAGGGCUUCCCCUCAGACUGGACCAUGAGCUGGAAAGUGGACGGGACCAGCAAGAAGCAGGAGGCCAGUCCUGGGGUCCUGGAGAAGGACGGUCUGUACAGCUGGAGCAGCAUCCUGACUCUCACUGCCCAGGAGUGGACCAAGGCAGGAGAGGUGACCUGUGAAGCCCAGCAGAAAUCCCAGAGUACAGUCACCAAGACCAUGAGGAGGGCUGACUGUUCUGGGUAGGACACCUCAGUCACACAGCCCUGUGGAGAGAGGCUGCUGGUUCCUCUGCUUUGACUCUGUUCUGAGAUCAGAUGUUCUCUGUCUUAUUGAUCACUGACAUGUAGAUUAACAGAGGGCUUUGCUUGAGUUCAUGUGUCAAUCCUCUCUGUAGACUGAGGUUGUAUCAGUGUUAGAUGUGAUGUGUUCUGUUUUAUUACUAUUAGAUACUGUAGGAAUGUUUGCUUUGAUGCUUUGAUUAAUGGAUGAAAUUAAAGAUUUCCCUUAAGAACAAAUAUUUUCAUUGUCUAUUUCAAUAAAUCCAAAUAGACGUUAAUCUUAAAUGUUGUUGAGUGAUAUAGAAAUAUAUGCAUAUAACCUGAUUCACAGUUUCUAUGAAAAAUAUCCGACCUAAACCUCAUUGAUUAGUUAUUUAUGUUCUAACCACAUCAUUAUCAACCAGUAGUUCAUACUAACACAAGAUACUACUAUUUACACAGAUUAACAGGAGAGGUUUAGCCACAUUUAGUAGGUACUCUUUAUUCAUAUUUCUUGGAAGUUUUUGACCUGCUUGGCUUAUAGACUUAUAAAGACAGUAAUCUGAUGCUUUUGAAAAUGUCAUCGAUAUCUUCGAUGAUCACCAAUGUGCUCACACCUACAUUAAGCUACAUUCAUUUUUAAGUUGUCCACAUAAUAUUAGAAGUAUCACAUCUUUAAGAUAGUCAUUUGGUCUUCUCUACCUCCAACCCUCUGGGGACAGAGUGAACAUCUGAUGACAGUACUGUUCUAUUCUGGGACAAGCAGAACCACCCAGCCCUGUCUAUGCAAAUCUUAGUUUCACUCACACAGCUCCCAGUCUAGCUGUUGACCAGUUUCACUGCCUGAAAUACCCUGGAAUGGGCCAGAUGUGAGGGAGUGAACUGGUUUUAACCUCUAUGGUUGAUUCAGGGAGGGAGACAUAACAUAUAUGCCAUCAUGUAAUUCAUGACAUAUAAUAUGUCUGUUUGAGCCCAUCAUCAUGUCACAUUCACAGAUCCAGCAUCAUGUCUCAUUCACAGAUGUAACAGUCAGAAACCUGCUCACCAAAAUAGUUAAUAUGAUGCUAGAUGAUCACAUCAAUAUUUGGUUGUGAGGUGCAUUAUGGGAAUUGUAUCUAGGGGGGCUGAUGCUGAUAUAACAUCACCUUCUUCUUCUUUACUUCUCUACAUAUUAUUUUGCAUAUUGGACUGGUAUUGUGGGUAUUUCAGAACUUCAAAUAACUUUUGGAGGUGCACUACAAUGAUGAUGAUGGGGAACAUGUGACAGAGCCAUGUGAUCCAGGCUCUGUCGUAGCUGGCCGCGACCGGGAGACCCAUGGGGCGGCGCACAAUUGGCCCAGCGUCGUCCAGGGAAGGAAAGGGAAUGGCCGGCAGGGAUGUAGCUCAGUUGGUAGAGCAUGGCGUUUGCAACACCAGGGUUGUGGGUUCGAUUCCCAUGUGGGGCCAGUAUGAAAAUAAAUAAAUAAAUAUAUAUAUAUAAAAAUAUAUAUAUAUGUAUGCACUCCCUAACUGUAAGUCGCUCUGGAUCAGAGUGUCUGCUAAAUGACUUAAAUGUAAAUGUGAUCUGAAUGAUGCUUUCUAAACAUAUUCAAAGUUGACUUCACUAACCAGUGUUCCAUGUCACUGUCUCGUGUAUGACAGAACCUCAGGUUGUUUUAGUGGGUUAUAAUCAUGUUAAAUGAUCUUAGUAAAUAUGGUUGAAUCUUUGCUUGAAACUCACUACCUGACUGGGGGACAUUGCAGAGACUGGGAUAUUUAUUCUGAAAUCAUGUGAGACAAUAUUUCACAAAGAUGGAGUCCAUUCAACUUAUUGUCUGACGUGUUAAUAAAAGGUUAGUUUGCCAUAGCAACAGGGAAGGCAUAUUUAUGUGGUCUGACGGAACUAAAAUAAACUGAUCUUAAUAUAUCAGUGAUGCUGACUAUAAUGUCAACUUAUCCAUCCUCGUGUUAAAUCAUUCCUAAACUGACAACACCCACAGGUCCAGUGUUCCAUGUCAAUGUCUCUUCCCCCUCAGCACCUGCAGUAGGUCCCAGCUGUAGCAGUACAGUCACUGUGCAGUCUGACUGAGGGAGGUUUUUGUACGGCUCUGUAUCACUGUGUGAACACAUCUUUACUAUUGAUGUAGUGGUAACUCUGACAGUAGUAAUCUCCUGCAUCUUCAGCCUUGACUACACUGAUGGUCAGAGUGUAGUCAACCGGAACUCUCGUUUUGCUCUGUUUGCUUCUUUUUGUUUAUUUUUUCCAACAGAAAUACAGGACGUGACCACUACAAUACCAAUGUCCAAGCAAGGCACAAAUUAUAAUAUUAUUCACUGUUACACCACAUUGGAAAUGUACUUCAGUUUUAGCUGGGCUUGGCAGGAGAGGUGUUCCUCUUGACAGAACCACAGGAUGUUUUAGGCGUUAUGAUCAUGUUAUUCCAUCUCAAUAAUAUGGUUGAAUCUUCGCUUGAAAUUCACAACCUGACAGAGGGACGUUACAAAGAUUGGGGUAUUUAUUCUGAAAUUAUGUGACCAGGUGAUUUCAUUCUGAAAUUAUGUGAAACAUUAUUAUUGCCCACAGAUGGUGUCCUUUCAAAAUCUUGUUUGAUAUAUUAGGCAACAUAUGCAUUUUAAUUAAUAGAUGUUUGCCAUAGCAAAAAGGAAUAAUACGUAUUCAGUCUAGAGACUUAUGGGUGUUAUCACUUCAGAAAUGCUUUGGCAUGAGGAUGGAUAAGUUGACUUAAUGCCAGCAUCACUGAUACAUUUAGUUCAGUGUAUUUUAGUUCAGUCAGUGUUCCAUGUCACUGUCUCUUCCCCCUCAGCACCUGCAGUAGGUCCCAGCUGUAGCAGUACAGUCACUGUGCAGUCUGACUGAGGGAGGUUUUUGUAUGGCUCUGUAUCACUGUGUGAACACAUAUUUACUAUUGAUGUAGUGGUAACUCUAUGACAGUAGUAAUCUCCUGCAUCUUCAGCCUGGACUCCACUGAUGUCACGCCCUGGCUCUGGGGACACUGUUAUGUUGAGCCAGGGUGUGUAAUUCUAUGUUGGUAUUUCUAUGUUGGCCUGAGUGACUCCCAAUCAGAGGCAACGAGUGUCAGCUGGUUGUCUCUGAUUGGGAGCCAUAUUUAACUGUCUGUCUUUCACUUUGUGGUUGUGGUUUCUUGUUCUUAUUUGGUUUGUUUAUGUAACCAGAGACAUCACGUUUUCGUCUGUUAUUUUGAUCGUGUGAUCGUUAAAUAAAUAUAAUGUUCGCAUUCAACGCUGCGCCUUGGUCUCUCUCUGACGAACGUGACAGAAGAAACCACCAAAACCAGACCAAGCAGCGUGUCCAGGAGCCAUCGCUAGCAGAUCUCCGUGGCAACCUCGACUGGGUCAAGCCUAGUGAGGAGCAGAGAGGGUGGACUUGGGAACAGUUGAGGAAGAGCUUCGACUGGGUCAAGCCCAUUGAGGAGCUGAAUGGCGGGAGUUGGAGACAGAGGAGCGAGAGUUGGGCGAGAACGAUGGAGGCCUGGCCCACGGGGAGGAGAGACCCCCAGAACAUUUUUAGGGGGGGGCUCACGACGUCGGGGCAGCAGGAGGCCGCGAUAGAGCGGUCCAGCGGGUUGGCAGAGGAGGCCGCCAGGUUACGGGGGCCACUGGUCGAAGAGGGGAUGGAAGGUGGAGAGGCACGGCGAGAGGUACUGGGGUGUGUUACCAGUCCGGUCCGGCCCGUUCCAGAUCCCGAUGUAGGGCCAGUGGUGUGUGUCCCCAGUACGGUCCGGUCUGUUCCUGCUCCCUGCACCAAGUCAGUGGUGCGCUUCGUCAGCCCGGCUCGGCACAUUCCUGCUCCCCGCACCAAGUCUGUGGUGCGUUUCGUCAGCCCUGUCCGGCCCGUUCCUGCUCUCCGCACCAGGUCUGUGGUGCGCGUCGCCAGCCCAGUCCGGCCCAUUCCUGCUCCCCGCACCAAGUCUGUGGUGCGUUUCGUCAGCCCGGCUCGGCCCGUUCCUGCUCCCCGCACUAAGUCUACGGUGCGUGUCGCCAGCUCGGCCCGGCCUGCUCCCCGCACCAAGUCAGUGGUGCGUUUCGUCAGCCCGGUCCGGUCCGCUCCUGCUCCCCACACCAAGCCAGUGGUGUGCGUCGUCGGUCCGGCACGGCCCGUGCCUGUUCCACUGGUGCCUGGUCCGGCACCAGUCAGAUGCGUUACGCCGGAGCUAGAGCAAUCCGCUCCAUCAGUGUGCAGUCCAGCUCCGGCCAGCGGGGUCAGACCGGACCAGGGGUACUUUGGGGGGUUGGAGAGGGAGUGGGGAUCAGGCCCGGAGCCGGAUCCGCCGCCAAGGCGGAGUGCCCACCCGGUCCCUCCCCUGUGGUAUUUAGUUGGCGCGGUCGGAGUCCGCGCCUUUAGGGGGGGGUACUGUCACGCCCUGGCUCUGGGGACACUGUUAUGUUGAGCCAGGGUGUGUAAUUCUAUGUUGGUAUUUCUAUGUUGGCCUGAGUGACUCCCAAUCAGAGGCAACGAGUGUCAGCUGGUUGUCUCUGAUUGGGAGCCAUAUUUAACUGUCUGUCUUUCACUUUGUGGUUGUGGUUUCUUGUUCUUAUUUGGUUUGUUUAUGUAACCAGAGACAUCACGUUUUCGUCUGUUAUUUUGAUCGUGUGAUCGUUAAAUAAAUAUAAUGUUCGCAUUCAACGCUGCGCCUUGGUCUCUCUCUGACGAACGUGACAACUGAUGGUCAGAGUGAAGUCACUAUGAGAUCCACUGCCACUGAAUCUAGAUGGAGUCCCAGACUGAAGUGUUGUAGCAUAGUAAAUAAGGAGUUUAGGAGCUCCUCCAGGUUUCUGUUGGUACCAGGCUAAAAUGUUAUUGUUGUAAACAUCACUGCUGGUUUUACAGUUCAGAGAGACUGUCUGUCCUGGGAGAACAGCUUUCACUGCAGGAGUCUGAGUCACAACGUACUGUCCUCUGGAUUCUGAAACAUAGAAUGAAAACAUUUAUAUGAAAUACGUGUUACAUAUAGUAAUGAAUAGUUCUGAAUAGAAAGAUUAACAUUGAUAUACAUUUCAAUGGAGUAGAUUUAAUUAAUUUUCAACAAUUAAUUCAGAAAAGUGUAACCUUGAAAGCAGAAAGCAAGUGUCCAGAUGAAGAUGGUGAUAAAAGUCAUGGUUGUUGUGGGUUCUGUUGUCAUGAAGGACAGCUCUCAGUCAUGAACUCCCAGACCACUGAAGCAUGUGCUGCCUAUGCAAAAUGUCUUCUCUAUGCAAACAGACUUUCUUGAUCCCCAGGGAAACUGUAGUUGAACAGAUCUUUGUGAGCAGCAGAAAUUUAAAAAGUUUGAGGCUGAUUGUUCAGCCAAUCAUGGCCUUGACUGGUAAACAAGCCUCAGCUGGGCUCAAUUAAAGGCUGGGACGGUGCUGGAAGGUUCUAGCUGGGCGUGGCAGGAGAGGCGUUUUGCCUUGACUGAACCGCGGGUCGUUUUAGGGGGUUAUAAUCAUGUUAUAUCAUCUCUAUAAAUAUGGUUGAAUCUUUGCUUGAUAUUCACUACCUGACUGAGAGACCUUACAGAAGCUGGGUUAUUUACUCUGAAAUGAUGUGAGGCAUUACUAUUGCACAUGAAUGGAGUCCAUUCAACUUAUUGUAUGACAUGAUAAAAAAGGUUUGUUUGCCAUAGCAAAAGGGAGGAAUAUUGAUGUAGUCUGGACCAAUGGGUGUUGUCAGUUCAGGAAUGAUUAAACAUGAGGGUGGAUGAGUUGACAUAAUUGUCAGCAUCACUGAUAUAUUUAGCUCAGUUUAUUUUAGUUGUCAGUGUUCCAUGUCACUGUCUCCUCCCCUCAGCACCUGCAGUAGGUCCCAGCUGUAGCAGUACAGUCACUGUGCAGUCUGACUGAGGGAGGUUUUUGUACGGCUCUGUAUCACUGUGUGAACACAUAUUUACUAUUGGGAUAGUGGAAACUCUGACAGUAGUAAUCUCCUGCAUCUUCAGCCUGGACUCCACUGAUGGUCAGAGUGAAGUCACUCCCAGAUCCACUGCCACUGAAUCUAGAUGGAGUCCCAGGCUCAAGUUCUUCAGCAUUGUAAAUAAGGAGUUUAGGAGCUCCUCCAGGUUUCUGGUGGUACCAGGCCAUACAGGUAUAAUCCCCAGUACAUUCAUCUGAUACAUCUGCACUGGUUUUACAGUUUAUAAUAACUGUCUGUUCUGGGAGAACAGUUUUCAUAGCAGGUGUUUGAGUCACAGUGACCUGUCCUCUGGAUUCUGAAACAGAGACAUUUAACAACGUUUUAUUGAACUGUGUUUGUUUUGUCUAUUUUUUAUUCAACUCAUUCACUCAAGGCAGAAGCAUUAUUCAGAUUACAUAUUUAAAUUACAUAUUUAGAUUACAUAUUACAUAAAGGAUGUCAUUUUAGGAGCAUUAAAUUGUAAAAUCUUACCCUGAAUUAAGAAUAUCAAUAUCCACAUAAAGCUCAUGAUAAAUGUCAUAAUUGUAGUUGUUGUCAUGAAGGACAGCUCUCAGUCAUGGAGUGUUAAACUCACAGGGAUAUAAACACUCCCAGACCACUGAAGCAUGUGCUGUCUAUGCAAAGUGUCCUAUAUGUAAAUAGUCUUCCUGGACAGUCAGACUGAUGUGAUGUAGAAACAUGAUAGUUACUUAAUCACUGACAUGGUUUCAAAUAAGUGCUGAAUGGAGACUGAUAUGUUGAUUAUAGACGUCUACAAAUGGAGCAUAUUGUUAUUACUGUGUUAUUAGACCAGAUUCCGGCUCAAAUCGGUCUUAUGUAGCAACAUUUGAAAUAGUGUAUUUUACAUUGGAUAAAAGUAGAGACUCAGAGCUACAAAAUGGUAUAUCAUACACUGAAUUUGAGGAUCAAUGGGAAAGUAAUUCUGCUUUGAACGUUGAUAAACUUGUAAACUCACUUUUGAGAAAAUGGCCUUUGAAUGUUUUAGUACCUACUGGAGAGCUCUCCUUUGUCUACACCCAUUCAGCAUUGUUCACACCCUCUUAAGCUUUAGCCCCACCCAUCUCAUUAAGGAUUCACAUGUGAGGUCAUGUGUUAAACCGUGAGCAGUGUAGUAAAGAUUAAGACUAAAAGUAGUAGCCUACAAUAAAGAACAAUUCCAGGUAAACAGAAAGUGUUCAGAUAAAAAUAUUUUAUAAAUAUUAGAUGACGCUUACCCAGACACACUUGUCUAAAUUGAUGGGUCAUGUGAAAAAAAUGCUAUAACCCCCAGCCACAUCUUGCUAAGUGGAUGGGUCUCUACAGAAGGUGUAAACGGUACAGCCAAAUGGUUACUUGCAUAGUAUAUCAGAAAUAGAUAGUGUCAAUAUAAAUAAUGUACAGUAUGUACAAGAACAAUAUCAGUGAUAGAUUAGGUAGUUAUUGGCAUACAAUCAGGGGUAAAGUGACUGAGCAGCAGGAUAAAAAAACAUAUAGAUAUUAGCAGCAACGUAUGGCGUGUGUGUAAGGAGAGAGUCAUUUGAAUAGAGGCACUGCAGAUAGUGCUGAUGACUGGUCCGUCCAAACCACACAUGAACAAGGGAAUCUAUAUCCCUUGACUUCGGCGCAGGGCAUGUGAUGUCCAUAGCCUCUUCUGUCGCAAAACUCCCUGAUCUUCUGAAAUAUAUAAGUUUGUCUAGCUGUGUCCAGUCCAGGAGGUGCUUGUACAGGCAGACCAUCUAUGGGAGGAAGGAUGUCAGCGUUGCGCAGCAGCUGAAACCUGGUCCCGACUGAGUCCGAAUGCUCCUUGGCGACAACACCAGGCUCCAGAGCAUCGAAGCUGUAAAACAGGAAAUAACUAACCAAAAAUAGAAGACAUUACAAACUUGCAUAACAUCAAUUCAUCUCCCAAGUUUAGAUAAGAAGAAUAACCUCAUACAAUGCAAUGAAUAGGAUAUUCACCUGAAGUGCUUGUACUGCUUGAUCUGUGGCAGCGUCCUGAAGUACGGAGUCAGGUGUUGUUGCCAGCCAUAGCUUUCCACCAGCACCGUACCAUCCUCCAGUCCAACCAGCUGUGGGAUGUUGACUCCGUCACAGUGCUGGCCUUCACAACACCAGCAAUCUCAGACAAAGAGUUUACUCUGGUCUUUCUGAAGUGCUGCUUGAUGAGGCCGAAGCACCAGUCGGGGGCAAACUUGGUGUGGCCUGUGAUCAGGAAGUGAAGGUCCAGACUGUGGUGGAGCUUGUGCCUGGUCCUCCAGGCACAAUACCAGAGAACAAACUUGUUCUUGUUUUGGCCACUGCAGUUAUCACAAUUCAGGUCCACGUGUGUUUCCCCAACUCCGUAGUUGGGGAAGAAAUGGAGCAUGUAGUUGAUGACUGCGCUGCUGCCUUUGCUGGAUGACAUCCCUUCAUCAAUCAAGUAGCUGAUUUAUGGUAUUCCUUCACAGCAGACACCAAACAAGCCACAUAAAUAAUCUCAGAUUGUUCUGGUAAUUCUCACAUUGAAACUUCAUUUGUUGGAAGUAUGACAUGUUUUUACAUUUGUAUCAAAAACAAGUUUUGUGAAAAUGAGUUGCCAAUCACGUUGGAGGUCAAUUAAAAAAUAAAAACAUGUUGUUUAUGCUUUACAUUUUAGUCAUUUAGCAGACACUCUUAUCCAGAGCGACUUACAGUUAGUGAGUGCAUACAUUUUCAUACUUUACACACCAAGUGUUGUCAUCGAUUCCUUGUAGAGACACCACACUGCUGCUUUUGUCACAUGAGAUGGCAGCAGCUUUCCACCAAAGUGUUUGUGUCCUGGGUGGCGUCCUGGUAAUACUAUUUCAUUAUCGAAUCGAACCCACAACCCUGGCGUUGCAAACGCCAUGCUCUAUCAACUGAGCUACAUCCCUGCCGGCCAUUCCCUCCCCUACCCUGGACAACGCUGGGCCAAUUGUGUGCCGCCCAUGAGACUCCCGGUCGCGGCCGGCUGCGACAGAGCCUGGAUUCGAACCAGGAGCUCUAGUGGCACAGUUAGCACUGCGAUGCAGUGCCUUAGACCACUGCGCCACUCAGGACCCAGAAGUUCAGCACCUGCAGUAGGUCCCAGCUGUAGCAGUACAGUCACUGUGCAGUCUGACUGAGGGAGGUUUUUGUACGGCUCUGUAUCACUGUGUGUGAACACAUCUCCACUGUGGUAAUCUCCUGCAUCUUCAGCCUGGACUCCACUGAUUGUAAGAGUGAAGUCACUCUUGAACCACCAAUUAACCCUACACCUAUAUACCACUAUUUCAUACAAAUAAAAUCACUCUUCUGCAGUAAAAUCUCGUACACCCAGCUACUUCUCUUCAGCUACCACCUACAAGACAGAACAUAGUAGACGGUAUGUGUCAUAAUGUGAAUGAUGGGCUAUUUUUGUGUCCUGUGUUUAUGACCUUUUAAGGACAUCCUGUCCGGAUGUUCUCACGCUAUCGAAUGAGUGCUUAUGUAACUUGAUAGUGCAGCUGUUCCUUUGAAGUAAAGCACCUGUUUGAAAUAAAAAGUAAUGUCCUGGGGAUUGAUGUGUGGUGUAGUGACCUUCUUGAACUGUUCAAUGUGUUUGACAUUUUUAAACAGUUGAGACUUUUUGUAGUGAAUGGCUAGACCUGAGUUUAAAGUGUAUGAAGAGUUGAAACAGUUGGGAAUUUUUAUAGUGAACUUAUGGAGUUGCUGUGUAGUGAGCUUGUGACCACUUGUAGAAUGAAAAAGUAAUUUCCGAGGUAGGUCUGUCUGAGUAUAAGUAAGUGUUAGCCCUGUGAACACUACCAGCGACAAGAAACCUCAAGAGAGAUAAACCCCUGAAAACUCUACAGAAAACAUGUCUCCUAGACCAAUUCUAGGUGGAAUGUGUCCUUCAUGUCUGGGCCACAGACAAUAGAUGCCAUUCUUUGUGAUACACCUGAUUGUUUUAAUGGUGUGAUUGAUAUGAGUGAAGGACAAAUGGGUUACAUUUUCCAACCGUACGAUUCAACAGUGAAGAUUUUCAUAAACAGCUGUCUCAACACCCUUUUUCAGCAUAAAACCGGGAGUUUUUCUCCUGCAUUUCGCAUGAGAGAAUGGCUUAAGAUAAGACUUGCUCUAUGUCAGAUCGAACAGGUCCCGAGUGGAACAUCCCUUCCGGCGUACGCAUUGGAAGAGGAAGCCUGCGGGCGAAAUGAUUUGAAAGCCAUAAGAAUCUAUUUAUAAGAAUCUAUUUGGUAACCUAUAGUCCAGACUCCAAAGUGACAAUUUUAGGUUGUUCUGAAUUCAAUAGUGCAAAUGCCACCAAAUCUGUUAGUACGUAUGUAUUUUCAAAAGCAUGCACAGAGUUCAACUACUUUGUGCUUGUCUUUAGCUUCAGGUGGGGAGAUUAUUUUAAAGUGCUUGAUAUGAUGAAACAAAUACAAAAACAAAUCAACCAUCGUGAACAUUUACGACGAUGGUCCAUUCUGUCCUCAAGACUAAACUUGGACUUAACAUCAAGAAGGCUGAUCUAUCCUGGAAAAGAAAACAUACCAUACCUGGAAGGCCGUGGAGAUCCAGCAUGGAAGAGACAUUGUCUGAGGCCCUCACAGCUUGACGACGGCGAUUUGGAGACUGAUGGUGGUGUUGGGUUAUAAUAGGCCCUCAACCAAGGCCUUUUUCCUUUAAGGAAUGUAAUUAAAAAAUAUAUAUACAGUGGGGAGAACAAGUAUUUGAUACACUAUCGAUUUUGCAGGUUUUCCUACUUACAAAGCAUGUAGAGGUCUGUAAUUUUUUAUCAUAUGUACACUUCAACUGUGAGAGACGGAAUCUAAAACAAAAAUCCAGAAAAUCACAUUGUAUGAUUUUUAAGUAAUUAAUUUGCAUUUUAUUGCAUGACAUAAGUAUUUGAUACAUCAGAAAAGCAGAACUUAAUACUUGGUACAGAAACCUUAUUUGAUCACCUACCAACCAGUAAGAAUUCCGGCUCUCACAGACCUGUUAGUUUUGCUUUAAGAAGCCCUCCUGUUCUCCACUCAUUACCUGUAUUAACUGCACCUGUUGAACUCAUUACCUGUAUAAAAGACACCUGUCUAUACACUCAAUCAAACAGACUCCAACCUCUCCACAAUGGCCAAGACCAGAGAGCUGUGUAAGGACAUCAGGGAUAAAAUUGUAGACCUGCACAAGGCUGGGAUGGGCUACAGGACAAUAGGCAAGCAGCUUGGUGAGAAGGCAACAACUGUUGGCGCAAUUAUUAGAAAAUGGAAGAAGUUCAAGAUGACAGUCAAUCACCCUCGGUCUGGGCUCCAUGCAAGAUCUCACCUCGUGGGGCAUCAAUGAUCAUGAGGAAGGUGAGGGAUCAGCCCAGAACUACACAGCAGGACCUGGUCAAUGACCUGAAGAGAGCUGGGACCACAGUCUCAAAGAAAACCAUUAGUAACACACUACGCCGUCAUGGAUGAAAAUCCUGCAGCGCACGCAAGGUCCCCCUGCUCAAGCCAGCGCAUGUCCAGACCCGUCUGAAGUUUGCCAAUGACCAUCUGGAUGAUCCAGAGGAGGAAUGGGAGAAGGUCAUGUGGUCUGAUGAGACAAAAAUAGAGCUUUGUGGUCUAAACUCCACUCGUCAUGUUUGGAGGAAGAAGAAGGAUGAGUACAACCCCAAGAACACCAUCCCAACCGUGAAGCAUGGAGGUGGAAACAUCAUUCUUUGGGGAUGCUUUUCUGCAAAGGGGAUAGGACGACUGCACCGUAUUGAGGGGAGGAUGGAUGGGGCCAUGUAUCGCGAGAUCUUGGCCAACAACCUCCUUCCCUCAGUAAGAGCAUUGAAGAUGGGUCGUGGCUUGGUCUUCCAGCAUGACAACAACCCGAAACACACAGCCAGGGCAACUAAGGAGUGGCUCCGUAAGAAGCAUCUCAAGGUCCUGGAGUGGCCUAGCCCGUCUCCAGACCUGAACCCAAUAGAAAAUCAUUGGAGGGAGCUGAAAGUCCGUAUUGCCCAGCGACAGCCCCGAAACCUGAAGGAUCUGGAGAAGGUCUGUAUGGAGGAGUGAGUCAAAAUCCCUGCUGCAGUGUGUGCAAACCUGGUCAAGACCUACAGGAAACGUGUGAUCUCUGUAAUUGCAAACAAAGGUUUCUGUACCAAAUAUUAAGUUCUGCUUUUCUGAUGUAUCAAAUACUUCUGUCAUGCAAUAAAAUGCAAAUUAAUUACUUAAAAAUCAUACAAUGUGAUUUUCUGGAUUUUUGUUUUAGAUUCCGUCUCUCACAGUUGAAGUGUACCUAUGAUAAAAAAUUACAGACCUCUACAUGCUUUGUAAGUAGGAAAACCUGCAAAAUCGGCAGUGUAUCAAAUACUUGUUCUCCCCACUGUACAUACUGUAUAAACAUGUAUUGUGUAUUAUUGUAUAGUAGAUUUUUAAUCAUUGUAAUAUGUAUGAUUUAUAUAAAGAAGAAAACUUGUAUUUACCUUCAUGAAAUGAAAUAUCUCUUCCUCUGGCCCUCUGUCUCUGGGUGUGUGUCUGCCAGGAUCCAUGGUAGGUGAAAACAUUAGUUCUAUGAACAAAAUACAUUUAAAAAAACAGUCUUUCCAACAGAAAUAAUGAUUACGCAUUAGUCCUCUGUAGCUCAAUUGGUAGAGCAUGGUGCUUGUAAUGCCAGGGUAGUGGGUUCGAUCCCCGGGACCACCCAUACCUAAAAAUGUAUGUACGCAUGACUGUAAGUCGCUUUGGAUAAAAGCGUCUGCUAAAUGGCAUAUUAUUAGAUUAUAAACAUAUAUUGUGCAAUAAUAAUAAUAUGGAUGAUCUAUAUAAAUGUUUAGUAAAAAAAAGAUGGUUAUAGUUUCAUAUCGUAUAGUACAACUUUAAUAAUAGUAAUAUGUAUGUUUAAAUGUAUGUACUAAAGAUUUAGAAUAAAAUAAAGAGGCUUACAUUUUUAUAUUUACCUUUUAAUAUCUCUUUCUCUGGACCGCUGUCUCCCAGAUCUCUCUCUAUCUCUCUCUACCUCAUCUCCUCUCUCUCGUUCUGCUCUCUCGCAUCUCUCUCUCUCACCUAUCUCCGUCGUUCUCUUCUCUCUCUCUCUCUCUCUCUCUCUCUCUCUCUCUCUCUCUCUCUCUCUCUCUCUCUCUCUCUCUCUCUCUCUCUCUCUACACAACAAGAGCCAAUUGGGUCUGGGGGGGAUGUGUGUGUGUGUGUGUGUGUGUGUGUGGAGUGUCUUUGAAGCCGAGGAUGUCCGGACCUCUGUCUCUCCGUCCGUGGGUGUGAAAGUGUCUGUAUGUGUGUUUGAACCAACGAUUUUUUAAACUUGUCUAACAUUUAAACUUUCAAAAAGACUUAUCAUCAAAUCCAUAUAUUUAAAUAGUCAACAUGAAUGCUUCGUUGGGGGGACCUUUAACCCCUCGGACCACCAAACAACUGUCUGAAAAACGGUUCUGUCCGGGGGCGUCCGAGGAUGUCCGGACCUCUGUCUCUGUGAACGUGUCGGUAUGUGUGUUUGAACCAACGGUUUUUAAAUCUGUUUAACUUUUACCCUUUUAAAUUUCUCAGCAAAUCCAUAUAUAAAUGGGCAACAACUGUUUGGGGGGGCCCUUACACACUAGGUCACUAUAUAUACAUAAGGGUACCCUCAAACAACAGUUUGAAAACAGUUGUUUGGGGCAUCCUGAGAUGUCCGGAGCGAUGUCCGGGGGAAAUGUCCGGGGAAGUCUAUGUGGGAGCCCCCCCCAACCCCCAUGUGUGCCCAAGUACAUAUUUGUUAGCCCAUUGUAGUGGAAAUUCUAAUCAAUAAUGAGGAGAGACAGGGUCAAUCACCAAUCUGGAUAUAACUUUAUUCAAAACGUAUUAAUAAGGUAAUAAGCGAGGCUGGUCGGCCCAACAGUCUUGACUGAUGGCUGAGAGCCCUGCAAUAACAAAUACAAAUAUAUUUUAUAACAAAGACACACCCUCUUAGUCUACAUGACAAAUAACAGAUGUAUGGAAUGGGUUACAAGGUGAAACUUAAUAUAUGAGAAAGGAGUUUCCCCCAGCCAGAUAGCAUUUGCCUUGAAGACUGUUCUUAUUGUACAGAAACCAGAGUUUGGCCCCUAAGACAAGCUUCCUCUCAUCAUUAUCCAUACCCGAGCCAUCUCUCCCUGUUACCUCAUUACACAAACACCAACUCAUUCUAUGGAAUGCAUGCUGUAGGUUUUAUCACCAAAGGCUUCGUAAAUCUACUGUCAGUGUUAACACAGACACAUGAGAGUUUCUAAGAACCCUAUUCUAUUGCAGAAAACAACCAUUUGAUGCAAUAACAGUAUUAUAGCAUAGUCUUGUAAUUUUGCUCUCACACCAUAUAGAGUCAGGAUGUAAGGCAUACUAGUUAUGGCAAACGUUAGGAAGACCUGGUUGUUGUAAAAAAUAUAUAUAUAUAAACAACCAAAAAACAGCGAAGCUUUACUUUGACCACGUCUUUUCACAUACGUUUUAUUUGGGUCUUUUUCAUUUACCAGGUUGAUUGGCUCCAGCCAAUGGAAGCUC